AUGGCUUGGCUAACUUUACUGCCCAAGCCUCGACGGUCUCCGUGGAGAAAUGGAACAGGCCUCAGGAGAAUUAGGAGCCCAUCAAGACCAAUACGCAGGCCCUGUAUUGAAAUGAGAAUUCCCCAUGUUAAAUUGAUACGGGCCGUAAUUGAUAAUCAAGAGAUCUACGGAAAGAUAAGACGGACCA